GACCUGCUUCCCUACGGGAUGUUGGGAUUUUUGGAGCGCCCUGUGGUGGUGACAGCUGACAUCAACUUGAAUGUUGUGGCUCUGACUGCAGUGGGAUUACUGAGCCGCCUGUGGCAGCUCGCCUAUCCGAGGGCUGUGGUGUAAGCCAGACAACCCCCUUCAGGGCGAAUCGGAAAGAAUUGUACAUUCGUUGGUGCAUUGGUGACAAAGUGCCCUACUGAACAGCAGAAGUGGGAAAGCAGACUUCUAGGCUUCUCAGUGAUGGGUGUUUUUGGCAGAGGAGAGGCCAGGUUGUCCCCCUGCUGAGUCCACCUAUCCCGUCUUGCCCUGUAGCUCUCUAGCAGUUUUGACGAAGUGUAUUAUGGGCAGUACAUCUCUUUUUACAUGAAGCGGAUCUUCUUUUUGGAUGGCAGUGGACCACCGUUUGGCCACAUGCUGCUGGCCUUAGGAGGUUAUUUAGGAGGAUUCGAUGGUAACUUUUUGUGGAACAGGAUCGGAGCAGAAUACAGCAGUAACGUGCCCGUGUGGUCUUUGCGCCUGCUGCCAGCCCUCACUGGGGCGUUCUCGAUCCCCAUGGCCUACCAGAUCCUGUUGGAGCUCGGUUUUUCUCACUGCGCUGCCAUGGGGGCUGCUCUGCUGAUGCUUAUCGAGAACGCUCUCAUCACGCAGUCAAGGCUCAUGCUUUUGGAGUCAGUGUUAAUAUUUUUUAAUCUACUGGCUGUGCUAUCCUACCUGAAGUUCUCCAACUCCCAAAAACACAGGCCCUUCUCCUUGAGCUGGUGGUUUUGGCUGAUGCUGACAGGAGUGGCCUGCUCCUGUGCGGUGGGCGUCAAGUACAUGGGUAUUUUCACAUACCUGCUCGUGCUCGCAGUUGCCAGUGUCCAUGCCUGGCACCUGAUCGGAGACCAGACUCUGUCAAACGUCUGUGUGCUCUGUCACCUGCUUGCCCGAGCCGCCGCUCUGCUUGUCAUCCCCACCCUCAUGUACUUGCUGUUCUUCUACGUCCACUUGAUCCUGGUCUACCGCUCUGGGCCCCACGAUCAAAUCAUGUCCAGUGCUUUCCAGGCCAGUCUGGAGGGAGGACUAGCCCGGAUCACGCAGGGUCAGCCCCUGGAGGUGGCCUACGGUUCCCAGGUCACUCUGAAGAAUGUCUUUGGCAAACCUGUGCCCUGCUGGCUUCAUUCCCACCAGAGCACCUACCCCAUGAUAUACGAGAACGGCCGAGGCAGCUCGCACCAGCAGCAGGUGACUUGUUACCCCUUCAAAGACGUCAACAACUGGUGGAUCGUGAAGGAUCCUGGGAGGCACCAGCUGGUGGUGAACAAUCCCCCGAGGCCCGUGCGGCACGGGGACGUGGUGCAGCUGGUGCACGGCAUGACCACCCGCUUCCUCAACACGCACGACGUGGCGGCGCCCCUGAGCCCCCACUCGCAGGAGGUGUCCUGCUACGUUGAUUACAACAUCUCCAUGCCCUCCCAGAACCUCUGGAGACUGGACAUUGUAAACCGAGAAUCCGACACAGAGGUUUGGAAGACCAUCUUGUCCGAGGUCCGCCUGGUGCACGUGAACACCUCUGCCGUCCUGAAGCUGAGCGGCGCACACCUCCCAGACUGGGGGUUCCAGCAGCUGGAGGUCGUUGGGGAGAAGCUGCCCCAGGGCUACCACGAGAGCAUGGUGUGGAAUGUGGAGGAACAUCGAUAUGGCAAAAGCCAGGAGCAAAAGGAGAGGGAGCUGGAGCUGCACUCACCGGCACAGAUGGAUGUCAGCAGAAACCUAAGCUUCAUGGCCAGGUUCCUGGAGCUGCAGUGGAGGAUGCUUACGGCAAAGAGUGAUGACUCGGAGCACAAGUACAGCUCCUCGCCGCUGGACUGGGUCACCCUGGACACCAGCAUCGCCUACUGGCUGCACCCUAGGACCAGCGCUCAGAUCCACCUGCUUGGAAACAUUGUGAUCUGGGCUUCGGCCAGCCUCGCCAUGGUGGUCUACAUCCUGCUCUUCUUCUGGUACCUGCUCAGACGCCGAAGGAGUAUCUGCGACAUCCCUGAGGAUUCCUGGCUGCGCUGGGUGCUGGCCGGGGCUCUGUGUGCCGGCGGCUGGGCAGUGAACUACCUCCCCUUCUUCAUGAUGGAGAAGACGCUCUUCCUCUACCACUACCUUCCCGCGCUCACCUUCCAGAUCCUUCUGCUCCCUGUGGUCUUGCAGCAUGUCAGCGACCACCUGUGCAGGUCCCAGCUCCUGAGGAGCCUCUUCAGUGCCCUGGUUGUGGCCUGGUACUCCUGUGCCUGUCACGUGUUCAACACGCUGCGCCCACUGACCUACGGGGACAAGUCACUCUCACCCAGUGAACUCAAGGCCCUUCGCUGGAAAGACAGCUGGGACAUCUUGAUCCGGAAACACUAGCAGGACACAAACGGUGAUAAAGAACACGCCCCUGCAUCCACUGCCACUAGAGCCCCCUGAACCAGGGCACAUCGAGGGCUAGCAUAGGACUUGUAAGAGACACCGGAAGGCAGCAGGCAGCCGUGGGGUGAGUUAGCGCUGAAGCUGCUGAGGCCCCAGUCCUGGUGUUGGGCCUGGUCCCCUCCCUGGGCGCCCACUGGAUCCAAUGCUGAGCCAUAGCUGUCUCUGCUCUGAGUGACAGGCCUUUGAUUCUGAUCCCUGCACAAAGACCCUGGUGCACCACAGUGCCGCCGACUCUUGGCCCUUGCCCCCGCGAGACUCGGCUGGGACGCACGAGCCAGCAGCACUUGUCACCCUUACAUGUCCUUGUCCUGACUCUGCCUUCUGUGUACAAUUAAAAAGGGGACAAACUGG